AUCAUUUUUUCUUCAUUGAUUUUUUGUGGUUUUCAAUUUGGAAAAUUCAUUCCCCCAAAAAAAAAAAAAAUGGCUUCUUCAUCGCUCUUACUCUCACCUCUCUCAUCCACAACCGCCAUAGAUAAUCGCGAGCUUUGCUGUAAUUCUACUGCUUCAGCUUUUCUUCAGAAUCCGAAGCUGCUGUUCGCAGCUAAUCCGAGAAGAGUCGCGGCUCGGAGAUGCGGAUUCAAGUCUCCGGCAGCUCGGAAAUCUCUCGACCACAUACCCAAGCAGUUCCGUGAAGAGAAUCUCAAAGAUGGAUUGAUGGAUAAUUUCAAGAACACACCUCAGUAUCUGUACGGUCGUUCACCUUCACAGAUGGAUAUGUUCAUGACAGAGGAUAACCCUGUCCGCCGACAGGCAGGAAAAGUCACAGAGGAUACCAUCUCAUCAGCCAACAAUUACUUGAAUAAUGGUGGAAUGUGGAGUAUGGCUGACGCGAACGAAAGAGGGCCCUCUAAGUAUAGCAUGAGCGUGAGCAUGUAUCGUGGAGGAGCAAGAGGUUCCGGAAGGCCUAGAACUGCUCCUCCUGAUUUGCCGUCUUUGCUUUUAGAUGCCCGUAUUGUCUACCUCGGCAUGCCGAUAGUACCUGCUGUGACUGAGCUUCUUGUUGCUCAAUUUAUGUGGCUGGAUUAUGACAGUCCGACAAAGCCGAUAUAUCUGUACAUCAACUCAUCUGGCACACAGAAUGAGAAAAUGGAGACUGUUGGAUCUGAAACAGAAGCAUAUGCAAUUGCCGACACUAUGGCUUACUGCAAAGCAGAUGUGUAUACUGUAAAUUGUGGAAUGGCAUACGGUCAAGCAGCUAUGCUGCUGGCUCUUGGAGCAAAAGGCUAUCGUGCAUUGCAGCCACACUCAUCCACGAAACUAUAUCUUCCGCCCGUCCACAGAUCAAGUGGAGCUGUCAUUGAUAUGUGGAUUAAG